CCAUGCUUUCUUUGGUUACUGAACGUACGAGAGAAACAAACAUAUCGUUGAUUUGGAUCUCUUGAACAGAUUUAUACUUCAGAAUUAAAAAAAUUUUAAGACAUACAUAUAUUUGGGAAGCUAGUUGACUUAAUUCAAAAAAUGAAUGUUAUCGCAAAAACAAUUUUGAAUAGCAGAUACGAUCACGCUAAAACAUUGGUUUUAAGGUUAUGUAAGAAAAGAAACCGAAUGUCAUACAUUAAUAAUGCGCGGAGGAGAACAUUUGUUACAUUUUACAAGAUUUCAGAAGAUUAUAAGUACUCUUUUUUAUAUCGAAAAUAUGCUCAGGUUGCGAUUAGCAAUAACGAGGAAGUUAUACAAUCGAAAGAGCAUGUAGCGAUGUUUAAAAUACUACAAGAUUCUGAACAUUACAGACACACUAUUAUGUGGCCUAUUAAAACAACACUAAAUAUUUCUAUCGAAGAAAGACGAACAUUACAGAAUACGGAUUGGUCAUCAGAAACUGCGUUCGACCUUUUGGAAGCCUUCAAAAAAUUUACACAUUGCCAUUUACAAAAUUUUCGUUUCGAUGAGGAAACAUAUAAUACAUUUUUGGGAGCUUUCGCUAAAAAGCUAUAUAAACUUGAUGAGAAACAAAUACAGAUAUUAAUGCAACAUAUGAUUAUAUCGAAUGACUCAUUUAAAUAUUUAGAUAAUUAUCAAAUGUUCAUAAAAGCAUUGAGCAGUGAAUGUUUGAAGAAAUUCUUUGGCGCGGAUGUUACACAAUUGUUAUAUGUGAUCAGUGGAUUUUUUCAAAUUGAAGCAUUUAAAUGUGACUACAUGUGGCGUGCACUUAGAAAGCUUGGUAGUAAGACACAUUACUUUUCUGGGAAAAAUAUGGUUCUGUUUUUACUUUAUCUAACUAUGUGCAAGGUUCCUAAUAUAAAUAUGUACGACAUUGAAUAUUGGUUAAACGAGUGUAUAGAUGACCUUUCUCCAGACGAAAUAGGUAUAAUUGCAAGGGGAUUUUUCUUGCAGCAAAAGAAAUUUAAUAUUCAGCCAAUAAUAAAAAGUAUCGUAACAAAACUAAAAAAUAAUAUUGACAAUGUAAAUAAUGUUACCUUGGCAUCAAUUAUGAAAUCAUUAAGGUAUUGUGGAUAUUGUUGUUGCCUAGACACAUUUCAAGAACUAUUAGUAGUUCUACGUCCAAAAAUAGCAAAAUAUCCAUUAAUGACUUUAACACAUAUUGCACAUACAUGUGGAGGUCUGCGUGUGUAUGAUAAAAUCUUAUUAAAUAAUAUUUGCGAGAGGCUAUUAAAUGAAAUUUCUUAUGCAAGAAUAAAAGAUAUGGAAAGAAUUACUUAUGCUCUGUGUACCCUUGCACCCUAUACAGAGCUACAUGAAGAAUUACAUAAAGUACUGGAUGAAUUAUUACUAACUUAUAAAACACGUAGAGAAAAAGAAAUUCAGAAGUAUCCAAGUGCAUUUUUACGUAUUCUAACAUUUUUAUCAAUGAAAAAUAUAUAUUCAACGGAAUUAAUUGAGCACGCAUUGAAUCCAGCGAUUGUAAAUUGUAUAUAUAGCAACAAUGUAAAACUUUUGACUAAUGAUUUAUUAAUUAUGGAAUGUUCUACUAAAAUAGAAGUACCCAACUACACAGGUCCCUUUCUGAAAGACAAAAUAUACCAAUGUUUAAUAAAGAAAUAUUGCAGUAAAAAUGAUGUUACUGACAGGCACAGUAUGGUAACAUUACGAACUGAAAUUAUAUUUAUAUGCAAGGAAAUACUGGGAUUAAAUAUAUAUACCGAUAAUGUUUUACCACACUAUUAUUCUAACGUCGAUAUUAUUUUUGGCUUCGAUGAGCAUAAAAAUAGUGUACCAGUUGAACAUAUUUUAUCAGCGAUGCCAUAUGGUUCAAUUAAACGAGUAGAUGAUGAUAAUUUAAGUAAAAUACAGUGGAAAAUAUUAUACUUAUUAUCCGACAGAACUAAAGUACGAGGCCGCGAUGGUUAUAUUGGUCCUUGUUACCAACAAUUAAGGCAACUUAAGACUAUUGGAUAUACACCAAUUCCACUCUGUGAAUUUAUGUGGAAAAAUUUAACUGAAAACGAAAAACAUAAUUAUUUACGUGAAAUAAUUCUCCACGACAAUGAUUCUAAUAUUAUGGAAAAACGAAUGUUAUAAAAUAAAAUUACAAAAAAAAAAAAAGUCGAUCCAAAGUUUUAUGUAAUUAGUUCAAGAAUAACACACCUUAUUUUCACAAAUUACAAUGUGCAAGAUGUUAUUAAGAUAUACAUACAUGCUGGAC